UCCAGUUCGAUCCCUGGUUCACUUUUAAGAGUUCCAGUUUGACCUGUUAAAGUAGCUUCUUUUCCCAUCAGGAAACGAAAGGGGGAUUUUCAGUUCUCCAUUCAUAAUCCCAAUUUGUAAAUCUAGCGGGAAUUCUGAAGCGAAAGGAAAGCAACAAUGGACGAACUUCUGGUAGCUAUUCUGUCCGUCGUUUUUGUUUUAGGUUUAAUCCCACUCUUUCUUUGGAGACGUCGUCAAUCAGAUGAUGGGCAACAACAUCAACACGAAGAAGAAGAUCAGGUUCCCCAAAGGGAAUUUGCAGUUCGUCAGCCUGGACCUCGUAGGAUGCGGCGAAGGCCAGCUGCUGGUGCCAGUACAUCUUCAGCUACUGCAGAAGAGAAUAUUGAUGGAAGUGAUGAGGAUGUUGACGAGGGGGCCAAAGCAUUAAAGAAAAAGGAUAAGAAACGACAAGAGCGUGAAGCUCAGCGUCAGGCUGAUGAAGCAGCACGUGAAUCAAGAAAUACAAAGCAAGAUCGUUAUGCUGAGAUGCGAAGGAAGAAGGAUGAGGAGCGUGAAGAACAAGAGCGCUUGCUGGAAGAAGAGGCCAAGGCUCGGAAGGCCAAGGAAGAGGAAGCUGCUGCUCUAGAGUUCGAAAAGUGGAAAGACGCAUUUUCUGUUGAUGCUGAAGGUACAACCGAGAGUGAAGUUCAAGACGGGAGCCAGGGUCUGCUUUUCGAUUUUGUCGAAUACAUCAAGAAACACAAAUGUGUCCAGUUAGAAGAUCUUGCUGCAGAGUUCAAGCUAAGGACUCAGGAUUGCAUCAAUCGCAUUGCCUCACUGGAGAGUAUGGGGAGAUUAUCCGGGGUUAUGGAUGAUAGAGGCAAAUACAUAUACAUUGCGGAGGAAGAAAUGAGAGCAGUUGCUGACUACAUCAGGCGGCAGGGGAGGGUCAGCAUCUCACAUUUAGCCAGCAAGUCUAAUCAGUUCAUAGAUUUGGAGCCCAAAGCACAGUUUGUGGAAGAGGAACUCCACAACCCAGAAGGGAUUACUGUUGCUUAACUAUGUUUAUACUUCUAACAUAUUAACCCAGUUAAAAACCUAAUACAAAAUUUUGUUAUUUAUCUGUACCUUGUAUUUCGUCUUCAACAGUUUUUUACUUUGUUGAAUAGAUUGUUGUGCCGUGUAUGAUUAUUGCUAGUUUAAAACAGAAGAACUUUUGGAGUGUUAGUAGGUGCUGUGCUAACUUGCUUUGUACCAAAAACAGCAAGCAUCAAGAUAAUAAUGGUUCUACUAUCAAGCA